AUGAUCUGGGUCGCAGCUACCCUCCUGUUGCUGUUUACGCCCGCGGCCGCCCUGACUACACGGCAACUACGCGAGCGCUCAAUCUACCAGGUGAUCACCGACCGCUUUGAGCGUCCCGAUGGUGCCGUGGUCGACUGUGACCCCGCCGAGCGACGAUACUGCGGCGGCGGCUGGAAAGGCAUCCAACGCCAGCUAGCCUACAUUCAGGGCAUGGGUUUCGAUACUGUGUGGAUCAGCCCCGUGGUCGCCAACAUUGACGGUAUUCCCGGUUCAGAGAGCUACCACGGCUACUGGGCCUCUAACAUGUUUGAGUUGAAUGAGCGCUUCGGGUCACCACAAGACCUCUUGGACCUCUCGAACGCGCUGCACGCACGCGGCAUGUUCCUCAUGGUGGACGUGGCGAUCAACCACGUCGGCAGUGUCCCGGACCAGUUUGUCGUUGGCGAGCAGUACGGCCCCUUUAACAAGGCUGAACACUUUCACGAAUUCUGCAUUCCUGAUUGGAAACUCGAGGACCAACUCGAGAGCGAGCAGUGCUGGCUCACCGACCACACACCCGACCUCAACACUGAGAAUGCAGAGGUCGUGUCGCUGCUACAUGGUUGGAUUCGUCACCUCGUACGCAAGUUCCACAUCGACGCGAUCCGUGUCGACACUGUCAAGCAUGUCCGGAAAGACUUUUGGCCAGGCUUUAUCACCGCCGCUGGUGUCGCUGCUAUGGGGGAGGUGUAUCACGGCGAUCCCCUCUAUCUGCGUCGGUAUCAGGAACACAGUCUCGACAGUAUUCUCGACUAUGCCAUGUUCUUCCACCUCCGUCGCGCGUUCGACAGCGUCAACAAGCCCAUCGAGGAGCUGACGUCCAUGAUCACACGCGUUCACCGCAUGCUCCCCGACCCAACGCUGCUCGCGUCCUUUCUUGACAACCAUGACACCCCCCGCUUCCCUGGAUUGGUGCAUGACCGUGCCCUCCUCAAGAACGCUGCCGUGUACCCAUUCGUAAAUGACGGCUAUCCUAUCGUCUACCAGGGCCAAGAACAUGGCCUGAGUGGUGGCGCCGACCCUGAUAACAGAGAGGCGAUCUGGAACCAUGGCUUCUCAAUCUCGAAGCAGAUGUACCACGUCUUCGCGCGCCUCAACCACGCAAGGCGGCGCGCCACGGCCUUCCCGCCCUUCCUCACCUCCCUACUGUGGCACCACAAGCUGGAUGCACACACGGCUGUCAUCGCCAAGCCGCCCCUCGUUUCAAUCUUCACAAACACGGGCUCAACCGCCCGCGUGCGCGUGUACUACCUCCCCGCUAUGCUCACCACGUAUGCCCCAAGUAUGGCAGUGGUGGAUGCGCUCUCGGGCCAGAUUUUCGCCACUGACCCACAAGGCGGCCUGUCCGUCCCGAUCGUUAGCGGCGAGCCGCGCGUCUUCCUCCCUCUCGGCACGUGGGAGGGACGGAAAGUCGCCUGGCAACAUGCACUUCCACUUCAUGGGGAGCUCGUGAUGGGGGCCACCAUAGAGGCCUCGAUCCGCGAGCCCAACAUCAAGCACUUCACGCGCCUGAUCCAAUGCGCGGCCAAGUACGGCGACGACCUUUGCAUGAACGCGACGAGCGACUCUUGGGAGCUCAUCGUCACCAACUCGACCAAGUCGGCGUACGUGUGCUUGGCGCUCGAGUCGGCCUUCUUCUCGCGGUACAAGGGGUCCGGUAGUGCGGCUGAGCAGCGCCGCGGCGUCAAGUGCCAGCUGUAUGCCAAGUCCGUCCUCAACGUCCUGGGCAAGGCGUCGUCCGUGAAUACGGUCGAGCGCGUCGACCUCAAGAUCUUCGAUCCGGAGGGCGGGCUCCGCGCCCGUACGGACCACAGCGACGAGGAGUUGGACGACGACAUUCAUGUCGCCUCGCGCACAGCCCACCUCGAACUCAAGCUCGUGUACCACCACGGCAUCACCAAGAAGCACUUCCUCCACCUUCACCCGAGCGAGGGCCUGCGCGUUGUUGUUGACACGGAGGCACAGCCGUCGGGGUUCCUCGUCUCAGCACGCACCCUGCGUGACUGGCUUGAUCAUUUCUCCAUCGCCUUCACGUCGAGCACGUCUAGCAGUGGCACAGUGCGAGGCGACUCACACCUCGCCUGGCAGUUUACACAGAACCACAUCAAGAUCAAGAACUACGAGACAGCCACCACAAACGUGCUCGCUACGGAGGUCACGCUUGACGUCCGCGACUUCAGCCAGUACAUACUGGAGCAGGACAUUGGAACGCUGCAGCUUGCCGAGUCGCUCGGCAUGGACCUCGACUUCUGGUUCUCUGAGGCCUCUCAGCCCAUGGCCAUGACUUCUACUUUCCUCGGUAACGACCGGUAUGGCAACGAGACCACGCUGUUCAAGAUCUUCUGCGCGCUCGCCACGACCCAGACAGAGGCGUUCAGCGGGGCUCCUCCACCCACGAACGGUACCCCACGCGACCCUGCUCCAGUCGGCAACUUCGCUAUGCGACGCAGCCAGAGUACGAUGAUCAAGAGCGAGCGCAGUGAAUCGGUCGCCAGCGAUGGCGGCCAAAAGCCGACCACAACUCCGCGGCGCAGCUCCGCUCGUCCGCGCGCCAGCCUCACCAUGACUGCGGAGCCGGAACGGCCACCCCCAAUGGUGACUGUCGUCGGAGCAGGCAUGUUCCCUGCGUCGCAAGGUGUGGGUCCCAACGAUCCCGAGCCGUUGUUCCAGCCUGGUCCAUCGUCGCAGGGAAGCGUUAUGCCUAUGUCGCAGCGCAUGACCCAACAGGAGGUUCUCGACCUGGCGGGAAUUGGUGAUCUCGACCUCGAAGCGAUGCUGGACGAUGACUUGGAGGACAUGGCUAGACUAGCUGAUGGCGCUGACGCACUGGACAUCCCCAACGACUGGGAUGACAUCGAGGCUGACUUCAACAACAUCUCGCCGCAACGUUUGUCGACACAGAAGGAGGACAUUGCGGCCGCGCAACAGCGGGCAUCUGGAAACUCUUCGAUCAUCUCCCAGCGUCAGUUCAGCCUGUCGCAUCGCGGCUCGGAUUCCGACCCCAUACGCCCCGUUGAACAGAGCCGGGGAGAAGCAUCGUUGGAGGCCGAGUCGAUCGCCGGAACGGCGUCUCGCGAGCUGAGCGGCAACACGAGCGCGCUCUCACGGCUUGAACGUGAACCAAACCGCGCCGCAAGCAAUGACCAGCCUCUGUCACGCGAGCCGAGCAAUGUCGGACGCACCACCAGCCGUCUGUGUUCCCAUGAGCCGCCUUCGCGCGAGGGCAGCCGCCCAUCUAGUAGGCGCAACUCCACAAGUCGCGUCGACUCGAGUACUCAGUUCCGUCCCGACCCCACGUUCUUCGGGGAGGACGAGACGGUGCUCAGCGACGACGAGUUGGGCCCUACACAAGUAUCUAGUGGGCGUGUGUUCGAGACGCUGUUCGACGACUAG